GCUCACUACUUCUUAACAUCCACUUUUUUGUCCAGCGAGACAGAUCUCACUUCUUUGGACUAAUUUCUCUCAUACAGUCAUGUUUGAAAUUAAGAAGAUCUGUUGCAUUGGUGCGGGCUAUGUUGGAGGACCCACGUGUAGUGUCAUAGCUCAGAUGUGCCCUGAAAUCAAGGUAACGGUUGUUGAUGUCAAUGAAUCAAGAAUCAAUGCAUGGAACUCUCCUACGCUGCCUAUUUAUGAGCCAGGACUAAAAGAAGUGGUAGAAGCCUGUCGAGGAAAAAAUCUAUUUUUUUCUACCAAUAUUGAUGAUGCCAUUAAAGAAGCCGAUCUUGUAUUUAUUUCUGUGAACACUCCAACAAAAACCUUCGGAAUGGGGAAGGGCCGUGCAGCAGAUCUGAAGUACAUUGAAGCCUGUGCUAGACGCAUUGUACAAAACUCACAUGGGUACAAAAUUGUGACCGAGAAAAGCACGGUUCCUGUGAGGGCAGCAGAAAGUAUUCGUCAAAUAUUUGAUGCAAACACAAAACCCAACUUGAAUCUACAGGUUCUGUCCAACCCUGAGUUCUUGGCAGAAGGAACGGCCAUCAAGGACCUAAAGAACCCAGACAGAGUACUGAUUGGAGGGGAUGAAACCCCAGAGGGCCAGAGAGCUGUGCAGGCACUGUGCGCUGUGUAUCAGCACUGGGUUCCAAAAGAAAAGAUCCUCACCACUAACACUUGGUCUUCAGAACUUUCCAAACUGGCAGCAAAUGCUUUUCUUGCCCAGAGAAUCAGCAGCAUUAACUCUAUAAGUGCCCUCUGCGAAGCAACAGGAGCAGAUGUAGAAGAGGUGGCAACAGCCAUUGGAAUGGACCAGAGAAUUGGAAAUAAGUUUCUGAAAGCCAGUGUUGGUUUUGGUGGGAGCUGCUUUCAAAAGGAUGUUCUGAAUUUGGUUUAUCUUUGUGAGGCUCUGAAUCUGCCUGAAGUAGCUCAUUAUUGGCAACAGGUUAUAGAUAUAAAUGACUACCAGAGGAGGAGGUUUGCUUCCCGGAUUAUAGAUGGUCUGUUUAAUACAGUGACUGAUAAGAAGAUAGCUAUUUUGGGGUUUGCAUUCAAAAAGGACACUGGUGAUACAAGAGAAUCUUCUAGUAUAUAUAUUAGCAAAUAUCUGAUGGACGAAGGUGCACACCUCCAUAUAUAUGACCCGAAAGUGCCAAGGGAACAAAUAGUGGUGGAUCUGUCUCAUCCAGGAGUUUCAGAGGAUGAUCAAGUGUCCCAACUUGUGACCAUUUCUAAGGAUCCAUAUGAAGCGUGUGAUGGUGCCCAUGCUGUUGUUAUUUGCACCGAGUGGGACAUGUUUAAGGAAUUAGAUUAUGAACGUAUUCACAAAAAAAUGCUGAAGCCAGCCUUCAUCUUCGACGGACGACGUGUCCUGGAUGGGCUCCACCAUGAACUGCAAACCAUUGGCUUCCAGAUUGAAACAAUUGGGAAAAAGGUGUCUUCAAAGAGAAUUCCAUAUGCUCCUUCUGGUGAAAUCCCAAAGUUUAGUCUUCAGGAUCCACCUAACAAGAAACCCAGAGUCUAAACAUUGUCAUUUUUAUUUGUAAUUUUUUGGUACUUCAGGAUAGCAAAUAUCUACCUGAUAUUUAAUGGUAAAUGAACCAAGUGUUUUUAAGGAAAGAAAACUAUUUUUUUAAUAAUCAAUUUAUAUUAGCUCUGUGGGAAUCAGCAUAUCUAGUAAUUAUGAAUCUAGAAUAUUUUUUACAUAUUUUUAUAAUUUUGUUACCUCAGUGGUUGGAUGAGUGGCAAAUAUGAUCAUGUUGGCUUUAAUGGUGUUGGUUUUUGUAAAACAAAAAUUAAACUUCAAACACUUUUUACUUUACAAAAUACCCAUAGGCAGCAUUUUAAUGUUGUAUUAUAAAGGGAAAGCACUCUUCAGUUUUUCUGAUUAUCGGUUUGAUGACCUGUCAUUAAAUAUGUAUUUUAAAUUAUAAAA